AUGUCAGCAGACAAUCUCAGUGUAACAGAGUCGCAAUCAAUAAUAAUAACUGAAAAAAUGAGAAUAACCAGAAUUAGGAAAAGGGUAAUUGAACCAGGACAUAUGCCAGCUUUAGAAUCCAACCAUCAGUGGCUAUCUAAAGAACCUCAGAUGGUAUUCACAGUAAAGGUUCAAAAAUCAGAAACAUUAGAUGAUGCCUGUGUAUACUUCAAUUGGGUGAAAGAUGCCGCUUUAAGUGGGGAAUCUGAUUCCGUUAGUAAUGUGGUGAAUCAUGCGCCGAACGAGGACGAUGAAGAGUUGUCAAGAUUGUUGGACCGGUUAGCUAGAAUUAGCGAGAAACGAGGCAUCGACAUGCAAAUUACUUUCAGCAAGGGAAAAGAAAUUGCCAAAUGUGGUGGCGAAGGAAAGGGUUCGGAAUGA